AUGGCGGUGUCCCCAAACUCCUGCCUCCCCAGGGGUCUGCUCAUCCUCACUUUCUUCCAGCUGUGCAAGCCGGAUUCGGCCCACUUCGACGUGAUCGGGCCGGCGGAGCCCAUCCUGGCCGUGGUGGGUGACGACAUCGAGCUGCCCUGCCACCUGUCCCCGAACGUGAGCGCCGAGCGCAUGGAGCUGCGCUGGUUCCGCAGGAAGGUGGCGGCGGCCGUGCUGGUGCUCCGGGACGGGCGCGAGCAGGCCGAGGAGCAGGUGGCCGAGUACCGCGGCAGAGCCACGCUCGUGGCCCGCGACAUCGCGGCGGGGCGCGUGGCCGUGAGGAUCCACCGGGUCAGGGCCUCGGACGACGGCGAGUACCGAUGCUUCUUCCGGCAGGACGGGAGCUACGAGGAGGCCAGCGUGCACCUGAAGGUGGCCGCUCUGGGCUCUGAUCCUCACAUCCAUAUGGAAGUUCGAGAAAGUGGAGAGGUCCGGCUGGAGUGUACCUCAGUAGGAUGGUACCCAGAGCCCCAGGUACAGUGGAGGACUUCUGAGGGAGAGAAGUUUCCAUCCACGUCAGAGUCUAGGAAUCCUGAUGAAGAAGGCCUGUUCACUGUGGCAGCUUCAGUGAUCAUCAGAGACCCCUUCAUGAAGAAUAUAUCCUGCUGUAUCCGGAACCUCCUUCUUGGCCAGCAGAAGGAAGUAAACAUUUCCAUACCAGCUUCCUUCUUCCCAAAGUUGACUCCCUGGAUGGUGGCGGUGGCUGUCAUCUUGAUGGUCCUAGGAGUUCUCACAAUUGGGUCCAUAGUUUGCACUUGGAGACUCUACAAGGAAAGAUCCAGACAGAGGAAGGAUGAAAUCAGCUCUAAGGAGAAACUCCUGGAAGAACUCAAGUUGAAAAAGGCAAUGGUGCAUGCAGUUGAUGUGACUCUGGAUCCAGACACCGCCCACCCCCACCUCUUUUUGUAUGAGGAUUCCAAAUCUGUCCGACUGGAAGAUUCACGUCAGGAACUGCCUGAGAAAUCAGAGAGAUUUGACUCCUGGCCUUGCGUGUUGGGUCGGGAGACCUUCACGGCAGGGCGACAUUUCUGGGAGGUGGAGGUGGGAGAUAGGGCUGACUGGGCGGUCGGGGUGUGCAGGGAGAAUGUGGUGAGGAAAGGGUUUGACCCCAUGACUCCUGAGAAUGGGUUCUGGGCUGUGGAGUUGUAUGGGAAUGAGUACUGGGCCCUCACCCCGCGGAGGACCCCUCUCCCCUUAGCAGGACCGCCCCGUCGGGUUGGGAUUUUCCUGGACUACGAAUCAGGACAGGUCUCCUUUUACAAUAUGACUGACAGGUCCCAUAUCUAUACUUUCUCCAACGCCUCCUCUGGCGCACUCCGGCCUUUCUUCUGCCUGUGGUCCUGUGGUAAAAAGCCCCUGAUGAUCUGCCCAGUCCCUGACGGGCCUGAGAGAGUCACAGUUGUUGCUGAUGCCAAGGACUUCACUAAGGAGAUCCCACUGUCCCCCAUGCGGGAGGACUCUGCCUCUGGGGAUACGGAUACCCUUCAUUCUAAGCUAAUCCCUAUCCAGCCCAGCCAAAGGGCACCUUAA